GGGCCAUGGCGGACCCGGCGGCGGUGGAGGAGCUUGCGAAGCUCGAGUACCUGUCGCUGGUCUCCAAGGUGUGCACCGAGCUAGACAAUCACCUGGGCAUCAACGACAAGGACCUCGCUGAAUUUGUGAUAAAUCUCGCUGAGAAAAAUGCUACAUUUGACACCUUCAAAGCGGUUCUUCAAAAGAAUGGUGCUGAGUUCACUGAUUCCCUUAUUAGUAACCUGCUGCGUCUUAUCCAGACCAUGCGGCCGCCCCCAAAGCCAUCUGCAAGCAGAGCAGAGACUGUUGUCAAGCCCAAGUCAGAGAAGGAAAAGCUGAAGGAGUUGUUUCCAGCCCUUUGCAGGCCAGACAAUCCCAACAUCAGGCACAUGCUGGAUGAAGAUGAUGUGAAAGUGGCAGCUGAUGCACUUAAGGAGCUGGAAGCUCUGAUGCCGAGUGCAGACAGGCAAGGCAAGCAGAGGAGCAGCGACCACCGGGCAAAGAAAAAGAAGAGGAGCCGAAGCCGUAGCAGGGACAGAAAACGAAGGCACAGAUCUCGCUCCAGGUCUCGUUCUAGAACUUGGGAUAAGAACAGGAGCAAAUCUAGAUACCGGUCCCGGAGCAGGAGUCGGAGUCGCAGCAGGGACCGUAAGGAUCGAGAGAAGCACCUUGAGAAGAGCAGCGAGAGAUGGAGAGACAAGCACAUAGACCGUCCGCCGCCCGAGGAGCCUUCCAUCGGAGACAUCUACAACGGCAAAGUCACAAGCAUCAUGCAGUUCGGGUGCUUUGUGCAGCUGGAGGGGCUGAGGAAGCGUUGGGAGGGCCUGGUACACAUCUCGGAACUUCGGAGAGAGGGACGGGUUGCCAAUGUUGCUGAUGUUGUGAGCAAAGGACAAAGAGUCAAAGUCAAAGUGUUAUCCUUUACUGGAUCCAAAACCAGCCUCAGCAUGAAGGACGUUGAUCAAGACACUGGGGAAGACUUGAACCCAAACCGGAGGAGAAACCUGGUUGGAGAAACCAAUGAAGAGACCUCCAUGAGAAACCCAGACAGACCCAGUCACCUGUCCCUGGUGAAUGCCCCAGAGGUGGAGGACGACAGCCUGGAACGGAAGCGCCUGACCCGAAUUUCAGACCCAGAGAAAUGGGAGAUUAAACAGAUGAUUGCAGCUAAUGUGCUUUCCAAGGAAGAAUUUCCUGACUUUGAUGAGGAGACUGGGAUCCUUCCUAAAGUUGAUGAUGAGGAAGAUGAGGACCUUGAGAUUGAGUUAGUUGAAGAAGAGCCACCAUUCCUUCGAGGUCACACUAAACAGAGCAUGGAUAUGAGCCCUAUCAAAAUAGUAAAGAAUCCAGAUGGUUCCUUGUCCCAGGCUGCAAUGAUGCAGAGUGCUUUAGCUAAAGAAAGAAGAGAACUUAAGCAAGCCCAGAGAGAAGCGGAGAUGGACUCUAUCCCCAUGGGACUCAACACACACUGGGUGGAUCCUCUCCCUGAUGUGGAUGGAAGACAAAUAGCUGCUAACAUGCGAGGAAUUGGGAUGAUGCCCAAUGAUAUCCCGGAGUGGAAGAAGCAUGCAUUUGGUGGCAACAAAGCUUCUUAUGGGAAGAAGACCCAGCUUUCCAUCAUUGAGCAGAGAGAGAGUCUGCCUAUCUUCAGACUGAAGGAGCAGCUGAUACAGGCUGUGCAUGACAAUCAGAUUCUGAUUGUUAUUGGAGAGACAGGAUCUGGGAAGACAACACAGAUUACCCAGUACCUGGCUGAGGCAGGGUACACGUCAAGAGGCAAGAUUGGAUGUACUCAGCCCCGCAGAGUGGCUGCCAUGUCUGUUGCAAAGAGGGUGUCAGAAGAAUUUGGUUGCUGCUUGGGACAAGAGGUUGGCUACACCAUUCGAUUUGAGGACUGCACCAGCCCUGAGACUGUCAUCAAAUACAUGACAGAUGGGAUGUUGUUGAGGGAGUGUCUCAUAGAUCCUGAUCUGACCCAGUAUGCCAUUAUCAUGUUGGAUGAAGCCCACGAGAGGACCAUACAUACAGAUGUGCUCUUUGGACUUCUGAAGAAGACGGUGCAGAAGCGGCAGGACAUGAAGCUGAUCGUGACAUCGGCGACCCUGGAUGCUGUGAAGUUCUCUCAGUACUUCUAUGAAGCACCAAUCUUCACAAUUCCUGGCAGGACAUACCCAGUAGAAAUUCUAUACACAAAAGAGCCAGAAACAGAUUAUUUAGAUGCCAGUCUGAUUACAGUAAUGCAAAUCCACUUAACAGAGCCACCAGGUGACAUUUUAGUGUUUCUAACUGGCCAGGAAGAGAUUGACACUGCCUGUGAAAUCCUCUAUGAGAGGAUGAAAUCUCUAGGACCUGAUGUUCCAGAGUUAAUUAUCCUACCAGUAUAUUCAGCUUUACCCAGUGAAAUGCAGACCAGGAUCUUUGACCCAGCCCCUCCAGGGAGCAGAAAGGUUGUCAUCGCCACAAACAUUGCUGAGACCUCUCUGACUAUUGAUGGGAUCUAUUAUGUGGUGGAUCCUGGCUUUGUGAAGCAGAAAGUCUAUAACUCCAAGACUGGGAUUGACCAGCUGGUUGUUACCCCCAUUUCACAGGCUCAAGCCAAGCAGCGAGCAGGAAGGGCUGGGAGGACGGGGCCAGGAAAAUGCUACAGGCUGUAUACAGAGCGCGCUUACCGGGAUGAAAUGCUGACCACCAACGUGCCUGAAAUCCAGAGGACAAAUCUGGCCAGCACAGUGCUUUCCCUGAAGGCCAUGGGCAUCAAUGAUUUGCUCUCCUUUGACUUUAUGGAUGCUCCCCCAAUGGAAACUCUUAUAACCGCCAUGGAGCAGCUGUACACCCUGGGGGCUCUGGAUGAUGAGGGACUGCUCACUCGACUUGGGCGCAGGAUGGCAGAAUUCCCCUUGGAGCCAAUGUUGUGUAAGAUGCUGAUCAUGUCUGUACACCUGGGAUGCAGUGAGGAAAUGCUGACCAUAGUCUCCAUGCUGUCUGUGCAGAAUGUGUUCUACAGGCCAAAGGAUAAACAAGCACUUGCUGAUCAAAAGAAAGCCAAGUUCCAUCAGACAGAAGGUGACCACCUCACUCUCCUGGCUGUUUACAACUCCUGGAAGAACAACAAGUUUUCAAACCCCUGGUGCUAUGAAAACUUCAUCCAAGCCCGAUCCUUGCGCAGGGCUCAGGACAUCCGCAAGCAGAUGUUGGGCAUCAUGGACAGGCACAAACUGGAUGUGGUGUCCUGUGGGAAGGCAACAGUUCGAGUCCAGAAAGCCAUCUGCAGUGGCUUCUUCCGAAAUGCAGCCAAGAAGGAUCCCCAGGAGGGGUAUCGGACACUCAUUGAUCAGCAGGUGGUCUACAUCCACCCAUCCAGUGCUCUCUUCAACAGGCAGCCAGAGUGGGUGGUGUAUCAUGAGCUGGUGCUGACCACCAAGGAGUACAUGCGUGAAGUGACCACUAUAGAUCCUCGCUGGCUGGUGGAGUUUGCUCCAGCUUUCUUCAAGGUUUCUGACCCAACCAAGCUGAGCAAACAGAAGAAGCAGCAGCGGCUGGAGCCUCUGUACAAUCGCUACGAGGAGCCCAACGCCUGGAGGAUCUCGCGGGCCUUCAGGCGGCGCUGAGCCUGCUCCUUACCCACUUUGUGUCUGGGGGGCUCUGAUUGCUGCACUGGUGAAAAUGCUUCCUGAAAGGAGACUCUGCCGAUUCUGGUCUAGCCAAGGCACAACAAGCGUUCUGGGAGCAAAGACACAAGGGGGCGAUGCCUGCUCGUGUCUGUGCCUCUUAGGUUCCACAGCUGCCUGGCCACUGUCCUGGGUCUCCUCAGUGUAUUGCAUCAUUUCAGCGAUGGUUCUUGAAGUGCUUCUUUAGUCAUUCCACUCUUAAGAGGCAAAACCAAAGACUCAUAAAUCUGGCCACUGAGCAACAACAAAAAGAUAAAGAAUAAAGAUUGUCAACUGAAUCACGUUCUGAUCUGCCAGACAAAUAGGGGCUGGAAUAGUUUGUUUCUUUACUCUGCCAGAAGGGGUCUAUUUCUAUUUAUACUCUUGGUCAGUGGCUGGUAUUUGGGAGCUGCCAGUUCUCCAUUUUUGCUGUUUUAUGCAUUUUCCUGCUGAGUGUAGCUACUUCAGCUUUUCUGAGAGUCAUCUGUGGUGAGAUGUUUAGUAUCUGUGGCUUUGAGUAAGGCAGAAGAGAUCCCUUGAAAUGCAGGUGAAAUGUUAGUUCUGCUUGGACAGUGGCCCAGGUCAGACUGCAGUCUGUAUCCUUCCUCACCAUCUCCUGCGUGCUGAAGGCUCCUAUGUCAAAUGGUAAUUAACCACAUCCAGGCUGUCUCUGGACUAAAGUGGUUGCAGAUGUUUAGACUUUCUAUACACUGUGGUGUGUUUUAUUUCCACUUAGGAUGUUUGGUGACAUCACAGCUAGUGAUGGCAUUUUUUUUCAGUAGAAUAUGCUCCUACAGCUGAAAUACUGUAAAGCUUUGUCUAACAGUUCCCCUUUUGCAGAGAAACUGACCAGUCUCUGCUCUGUCGUGCUGCACAUACUUGUAAAUGAUUUAUUUUCUGCUGCAAACACAUGAAACUUAUUUGACUCCAUAACUCCAGAUAUUUUAAUUCCCCCUCCCCUGCCCAAAGCUGAGGCAUUUGCUGGAACUGUUGGGAUGAGGAGAAUGGAGUUGGCUGGUUGGUUUGUGAAGGAGCUAUAUUGGAAAUGUGGCUGUGUACAGAGGUUGGCAGAGCUGUUGUAGAUACUGGUUUAUUAUGUUCUAUAAAUGCCCUGAGCUGUUCUGUGGCUUCACAUCUUUAGAGUGAAAUAGAAUAGAAAGUUUUUAAGUUUGGAGCUGUGUUUUUGUUAUGGCAUUAGGCAGAGAAGGUUGUCUUGUUGGAUACUUUUCCAAGCAUAUUUUCCUUCCACAAACUCUGCAGCUGUAUCUGUUACUAUUUUCUAUGAAAAUUUGCACUUGACUUUGGAAAGUCAGAUGUGAGAGAUGUGCACAGUGAAGGUCCCAGCUGUACAGCACUGGUCUGAGAUAUUUCUGCUUCAGAUUUGGUUUUACACCUCCAAUGUAGCCUCUUUCUGACUUGUGGUAGGGGAAAAUGCAUCAACAGAGAGUAUUUUAAGUGA